UCUUUAAGGUUUAAAUAUGAACCAGAAUGGUCCAUGAUGAGGUUAAAUGAACAUGAAGACAGUUAUUAAUGGCUCUAUCAGUUGAUACGACUCCCGCAAAACAUGUUACUGUUCUAAGAAACGGUGACGGGAAAUAUGAGGGCAGAAAGUUUGUAGUGAGCCGCAGGCGUUACCGGACAUUCGAUGCGCUCCUUUCUGACAUAACCCAUCAAAUAAGUGCGCCUUUUGGCGCUGUCCGACGACUAUACACACCCAAAGGCAGCAGACAAGUUCUCGGUAUUGAUGAUCUAGAAGGAGGCGCUACGUAUGUUGCUGGGGGCAGCGAGCGCUUUAAGAAGAUCAAUUACAACCCGCAACUAUCACCCGGCAAGAAUUGGGGCUUUACAGCGAAGAUAAAGCCCGGAUUUCUCGCUGAUGAUCCUCCACCCUUGGUUUUACCGAAGAAGAAUAAAAAGUACGCCCAAAGAUCCGCACAGUUCCACAAAGUCAGACAGCCAGUCCAAUUUACAGUGUUUAGGAAUGGGUUACCAAGUGACAAAGGCACGAGGUUUCUUCUCAAAGCUAGAGAAAUGAAAUCGUUUGAAACGGUUCUGUCAAUAAUUUCCUUUAAAAUACGACUUGUCGAGGGCGCUGUAAGAAGGUUAUUCACGUUAGAGGGCGGUAUAUUACACGGACCUGAAGACGUAGUUGACGGCGGAAUAUAUGUUGCUUGUGGACAUAGACGGUUUAUUGCUGCUUCAUAUGGUGAAUUAAAUCAACCUGCCAAAACGCAAAAGCUGCCUUCUAUCAAAAGACGUAAAGACAUCAGUCAACCCUCACCCAGGACGCAGUCCAAUCCCUUACCAGCUAUCCAAAAAAAGGCAGCAGAAAAGAAAGCAAGAUCCGAAAAAGAUUCUCCAGCACCCAUCGAAGAAGAUAAAGGUAAUGACGAUGUGCUGGUAAUAGUAUCCCGGGGAAGUCAGGCUGACCUGGUCGAUGAUCAGUAUAACCCGGAUACAGUUACCUCAGACAACGGUACUGGCGAACCGUUGGAUGAACAAGCCUCCAGUGCAAAUGCUUCUGUUGCACUUAUGAUCGAUUCCCCCGAGGGCUUGAAAACUCCUCCACCAAGCGGGCAUGUUAAUUAUGAAAAUGAUUUGCACGACACAAAUUAUGCGGUCGAGGGGAGUGGAGAAGGCCCAGGUGAACUGACUGAUGGUAUAACACCGGAGGUGGAGUCUCAGACAGAUCUGAAACCUAAAAGUGGAGAAAUAACACCACGUACGCUGUCGCCUUUUGAGCAAGAUGACGAGUCCGCAGGAAACGCAGAACCUUUAGUUACCCCCGAUGCUAUUGACAAAACAGCUCCUAAAAAUGGUCCAGACGUUGCCCCUAGAGCUAGCACCCCCGCUGUUCCAAAUCCUGGCAACGAGGAAGUUCUCGAAGAUGAGUUCAUCGCUCAUAAAGAGGAUGAUCAUGUUGAUGCCAUCGUCAAUGGUGACGCAGAGAACGAUGUUGAACAAAAUUCCAGCGGAGAUGCCGGAGAUGUCGAUACAGAAAAAGUUGGGGAGGUUAUUUCCAGGACUGAUGCUGUUGAUACAGCAAUAGUUGGUCAGGCUAUCUCUGAUACUGUUGACACAGACGAUGUUGACGGAGACAUCUCGGCGACCGAAAUAUCCUCUGUCCCUUCUAAAUCUAGGAGCAAACUCCCGGUCCCCAAGAAAAGUAAUCAAGCUGUGUCAUCGGGUGAACUGACUGAUGGUGGAACAUCGGAGGCGGAAUCUGAGACAGACUUUAUCUCUGAAAAAGGAAAAAUCACACCUCGUAAGUUUUCGCCUUAUGAGCAAGCUUUUCAUGAUGACAAGUUAGAAGGAUACACAGAAAUACUGGACAAGCCUCUAAAAACCUCUGAUGUUCUAGACGAUACAGCUCCAAAUGUUUAUCCAGAGGUUUUCUCAAGAGGUAGCACCCUGGCUGACUCAAAUCCCAGCGACGAAGACGUUCUCGAAGGUGAAAUAACUGAUGGUGAAACAACAGAGGCGCAAUAUGAGGCAGACUUUAUGUCUGACAACGGAGAGAUCACACCUCCUAGGCUGUCGCCCUUUGAGCAAGUAUUUCAAGAUGACGAGAUAGAAGAAUACACAGAAAUACUGGACGAACCUCUAGAAACUCCCGAUGUACUGGACGGUACAGCUCAAAAUGUUUAUCCAGAAGUUUCCCCAAGAGGUACCAGCCCGGCUGACGAGGAAAUUUUCGAAGGUGAACUGACUGAUGGUGAAACAACAGAGGCGCAAUAUGAGGCAGACUUUAUGUCUGACAACGGAGAGAUCACACCUCCUAGGCUGUCGCCCUUUGAGCAAGUAUUUCAAGAUGACGAGAUAGAAGAAUACACAGAAAUACUGGACGAACCUCUAGAAACUCCCGAUGUACUGGACGGUACAGCUCAAAAUGUUUAUCCAGAAGUUUCCCCAAGAGGUACCAGCCCGGCUGACGAGGAAAUUUUCGAAGGUGAACUGACUGAUGGUGAAACAACAGAGGCGCAAUAUGAGGCAGACUUUAUGUCUGACAACGGAGAGAUCACACCUCCUAGGCUGUCGCCCUUUGAGCAAGUAUUUCAAGAUGACGAGAUAGAAGAAUACACAGAAAUACGGGACGAACCUCUUGAAACUCCUGAUGUACUGGACGAUACAGCUCCAAAUGUUUAUCCAGAAGUUUCCCCAAGAGGAACCACCCCGGCUGACGAGGAAAUUUUCGAAGGCGAACUGACUGGUGGUGAAACUGAAACACCGGAAGCGGAGUUUGGGACAAAUAUUAUCCCUGAAAAUGGAGGACUGACACCUCGUAGUUUGUCGCCGUUUGAGCAAUCGUCACAAGAUGAUGAACCUCUAAAAACCCGUGAUGUUAUGGAAGAUAAAGCUCCAAAUGUCUAUCCGGAAGUUUUCUCAAAACCUCACACUCCGGUUCGCUCUAACUACAGCUACUCUAACAGCGACAACUACUCUAACAGCGACGAGGAUGUUCUUGAAGAUGAGAUAAAAAAUGUCCCGAGUAAAAGCAAACUCGACAGAAACCCGCCCCAAAAGAAGGGAAAUCCCGAAUUGUUGGCGAACGGAACAAAUGAUUCUGUUUUCAAUGCAACCGCUGCUGCUAAGCCAACCAAUCAAGACGGUCAAUUCUUAAUGAACAACGUCGAUGAAGGAGAAACUAAUGGACACGAAGAUGUAGAGGAGAUUGAAGAAGAUGGAGAAUUAAUUGAAGACAAGCCAAUCGAUCUUCAGCAUGCAGAAGAGAUUCCCGACGAAACACUUAAUCAAAGUCGACGGCGUUCCGUGAGCUCUAGCAAAUGAAUGCCACACAAAAUGAGUUCGACGCUCACAUUUUAUAUUUGCGGCGUUAUAAUGUCAAACGUUAACUCAAAGAUAAUACUCGUGUAAACUGUAACUUGCAGACUUUACAAUUUAGAAUCGAAAGUAAUUUAAAGAAGCAGAUGUACGGUGCAUUUUCUGUUUCAAAAUUGCCAAUCUAUUUACGAAAGAUGUGUUGUUGGAAGUGUGUUGGAUAUUUAAAUACCGUAGUAUCGGCUGUAAGUGUAUAAUCAUAAAAGUAAAACUACGUUCGCAGUUGCUCGUUUUUAUAUAUUUUACUUUAAUAACCCAACCAAGAGAUGACGUGAGUGGAUAUUUUUGACGCAAUGACGUUCAUUGUAUAUAAAUAUAAUAAAGUUUGUUUUAGCUCUGCAUUGAUCAGGUAGGUAAGGGUAUAGUUAAGUACAAUAUUUACAGUAUACUUAGUACAGGGUGGCAGGGAGUUUCUACUUCUAGUGGUGGACCAUAAUAUUUUGGAAUUAUAGUAGCUUCCUUUCACCACAUCCUACUUUAGUCUUCAGCCUCCGGAGCGUUCACAUAUUACAUCAGCAAGUUUUUGGCAACUCCCCUCUCCCAUCAGCAACUGGGCCGAUCGGGCUCAACUGCCUGAUUUAAACAGUUGCUCAAUGUCAACAGACUUUAGUCCACUGAAAUAUUAAAUAUUAAUAUUAAGGAGAUUUUCGAAGUUUUAUUGUUAAUCAUAUUGAUUUGUGAUUUGCAUCAUAAAAACGUUGGCAAAAAUUCAGGUAUCAGCAAGGCCCAGACCCCUCCGUCAGCAUUCCCAAAAACCCUCUGCUGCUAACGCAAUAUGUGAACGCUCCCUUAGGUAGGACUAUGAAUAUAAUUAAUAUGAACCGUAGCACGUAGGUAUACAGUACAACCAACAUUAACAACAGUCUCAAAUGUCAAAAACGUGACCUAUUUCAAAGGCAUUUCUCAGCUUGUUAUUCACUUUCGUUUCUCGCGUACAGGUAAUAGUGAAGAUCAGAAUUCAGACAUUAGAAUGCAGAAGGCACGGUGCGCCAAAUAAUUUAUAAUAUAGCCCACCACUAGAAGUAGAUUUACAAUUCCCCAACUCCCGUUCAAGACUACAAGUGCACCACUAGACUUUAGACUUAGUUGCAAUUCUUUAAUGCUUUUCUCAUCAAUGAAUCAAUGUUUAAAAUAAGAGUCAUUCAUCAAAACAUUAACAAUUGAUAAA